CCAGGUGUGGGUCCAGCACUGCACAGUUUCAGUUUUGGCAGCAGCAGCCCGUGUCCUGCUGGCGACUUCUAGAAAGGCAGGGGUUGCCGACUGGCCGACAGGCUGUGCCCCGACGCCGGGUCGACUGGGGAGAAGGAAGUGGUAAAACAUCGCACUCAAGGAGUUGGCCUGGGCGGCAUAGCCCCACGGGAGCCACCAGUGAUGACACUCUUCUUCUUCACCUGCCUGCUGGCUGUCUUCCCAGUGGUCUCCAUGAAAAGUCCCAUAUUUGGUCCCCAGGAUAUAAACAGUGUGGAAGGCAGCUCAGCGUCCAUCAAGUGCUACUACCCAGCCACCUCCGUCAACCGGCAUACCCGGAAGUACUGGUGCCGGCAGGGGGCCAAGGGCCGCUGCACAACCCUCAUCUCCUCGGAGGGCUACGUCUCCAAGGACUAUGAGGGCAGAGCCAACCUCACCAACUUCCCAGAGAGCGGCACAUUUGUGGUGAACAUUGGCCAUCUCACCCGGAAUGACUCUGGGUACUACAAGUGUGGUCUGGGCAUUAGUAGCCGGGGCCUGUCCUUUGAUGUGAGCCUGGAGGUCAUCCCGGAUCCUGGUCUCCCACAGGACGCUGAAGUCUAUACAGCAGACCUGGGCAGAACAGUGACCAUUGCCUGCCCUUUCAACUCUGGGAAUUCUCAGAAGAGGAAGUCCGUGUGCAAGCAGACAGGCCAGGACUGCAUCCCAGUCAUCGACUCCAGUGGGUAUGUGAACCCCAGCUAUAGCAAUAGAGCACAACUUAGUAUUCAGGGUACCAACCAAUUAAAGUUCAGCUUCAUCAUCAACAAACUCCAGCUCAGUGAUGGUGGGACGUAUGUCUGCCAGGCUGGGGAUGAUUCCAGUGCUGAUAAGAGCAACGUUGACCUCUAUGUGCUGAAGCCAGAGCCUGAGCUGGUUUAUGGAGACCUGAGGAGCUCCGUGACCUUUGACUGUGCCCUGGGCUCCGAGGUGGCAAAUGUGGCCAAAUUCCUGUGCCGGGUGGACAGUGAGGAAACCUGCGAUGUGGUCAUCAACACCCUGGGGCACAGGAGUCAGGCCUUUGAGGGCAGGAUCCUGUUCGAGGACAAGAAUGACGGCUUCAGGGUGCAUAUCACCAACCUGAGGAAGGAGGAUGCAGGGCUCUACCUGUGUGGAGCCAACUCUGAUGGUCAGCCUCAGGAAGCCUUGUCCAUCCAGGCUUUGCAGCUCUUCGUCAAUGAAGAGACCUUGUUUCCCCGCAGUCCCUCUGUGGUGAAAGGUGUGGUAGGAGGCUCUGUGGUCGUGCUCUGCCCCUAUAACCCAAAGGAAAAAAACAGCCUGAAGUAUUGGUGUCGCUGGGAAGAGACUCAAAAUGGCGGCUGCCCACUGUUGGUGGAGAGCGCGGGGCUGGUUACGAAGCAGUACGAACAGUACGGUGGCAGGCUCGCGCUGUAUGAAGAGCCGGGCAAUGGCACCUACACGGUCAUACUCAACCAGCUCACUGCCCAGGAUGCCGGCUUCUACUGGUGUCUGACCAACGGCGACUCUCGCUGGAGGUCCACGGUGGAGCUCAAGAUUGUUGAAGGAGAACCAAACCUCAAGGUCCCCAAGAACGUGACUGUUCAGCUGGGAGGGACUCUCAAGCUCCCCUGCUACUCACCAUGCAAAUAUUACUCCUACAAGAAAUUCUGGUGCAAGUGGACCAACGAAGGUUGCAGGGCCCUGCCCAGCCAAGACGAGGGCUCCAGCCAGGCCUUCGUGAACUGCGACCAAAAGAACCAGAUCAUCAACCUGACCCUGAACCAAGCCACCAAGGAGGACGAGGGCUGGUACUGGUGCGGGGUGAAGGAGGGCCUUCAAUACAGAGAGACUGUGGCUGUCUACGUGGCGGUCGGGGAGAGGGUAACAGGGUCCAAAGAUGUCAGCCCAGUGAGUGCUGCUUCUGCUGAUGUGAUACAGCCAAGAGUCAGGACGAUUGAGGGCAGCGUCAUUCAGAAUCCCGGGAUUUUUGCAGAGGACAGAGCAGUGAAGGAUAACGAAGACCCAGCUGAUGGGAGCGGACCAUCCAUAGACCCUGGCAGCUCUGUGGGACAAGGCGGGAGCUCCACCGUGCUGCUCGCUACCCUGGUGCCCCUGGCCCUGGUGCUGGCGCUGGGGGCCCUGGUGGUGGGGGUCUUAAGAGCUCGGCACAGGAAGAACGUAGACCGGAUUUCAGUCAGAAGCUACAGGACAGACAUUAGCAUGUCAGACUUUGAGAACUCCAGGGAAUUUGGAGCCAAUGACAACAUGGGAGCCGCUCCAGUCACUCAGGAGACAUCUCUCAGAGGGAAAGAUGAGUUUGUCGCCACCACCGAGAACACCACCGAGACCGAAGAACCCAAGAAGGCGAAAAGGUCCUCGAAGGAGGAAGCUGACAUGGCCUACACUGCCUUCCUGCUCCAGGCCAACAACAUGGCUGCCAACGUCCAGGACAGCCCCAGCAAAGCCUAGGCAGAGCCCCUGCUGCCUCCUCCCUCCGCCCAUGACAAUCACCUUCAGAAUCACGUUGAUUCUCAGGGCCCUCAGCUCCUGGGGGCUCUGCUGCCUGCACUCGUACUCCACUUAGGCUGUUCCUACCUAUCCUCAGAGGGUGCGCUGGUCCCUCCUCGGUGGCAUACAAGCCUCGCCUCAUUGUUCCUGUUGGGGUGGAGAUGACAUGAGGAGUUCCUACCUGCAGCUUAUUUCUAAUGAGAGAACCUAAGGUGUGGAAGGAGAGUUAAGAUCUUAGAGGGGCCUCUCAGAAAGAAGAGAGACCAGGGUGGGUGGGGAGAUAAUUUCCAGAAAGGAGGGUCAUCCAUGGCUUCUCUGCACUCUUAUUCCGGGAUAUCAAUGGGAUUCUCCCCUCUACUCCAUCCCUCCAUCUACCCUCCCUUCCAUGCUCUCUUCUUUCCUUCAUUGAAAAUACACAUUUGAAUACUCACUAGAAUCGAGGCACUCUGCUAGACACCGGCACAGAGAGGCCACAAACUCAACCAGCAGCCUUUCUGCAAGCGUCCCUGAAUCCUUGGAAGCCACAACUCCUCUCAGUUGUGUUUAUACUCACUGCAACCUGAAAUCCUCAUCAGGUAUACUCACCUCUGCCCACAUUGGGAGAAACCAUAAAAUGUCUGGAGUCCUAAGGCCUUAGGGAUCAUGUAACAUGGGCAUACAUACAACAAAUCAUAAACACACAUUCUUCCCAUCUUACAAGUAAGAAAAUUGAGGCCUGAGAGGUGAAGAGGUUUGCUCAAGGGCACAAAGUAAGGUACACUAGUGUCAAAACUAGAUGUGGCAUCUCCUGUCAUCUCAGCCAAGGAUCUCUCUACAAAAGCGCCUGCUCUCCUGGUGGAGGCAAAGUUCUAGAAUAAGGAGGAGGAGGAAGAGAAAUGUGUAAAUGGAGACUGGUCUUUCACAAGCCCCACCUCAGAGAAGACAACUCUUUCCCUUUCUGUCAUUCACAUGGACAGAAGAGGAUAAGAACAUGGCCAAACACUCAGAACCCCGGUAUUUGAAGAGUUCUGAGCAGAAGGGAAGACAAGAGGGUGUUUGACGGUGCCAGGGAGGGACUGACCUCCAAAGAGCUGAGGUUUAAGGUCCUUUUUGCUCUGAGCUCUGUACUUCAACCAGCGCCUACGAGCUGGCACUUGCUAACAAAUCAAAUUGUGACUUAAUUGAUAAUUAAAGACUGUGAUUGCCACCAA